AGCUAGCCAUGGCCAUGUUUAUUCCUACGUUGUUCUUGACAGCUUGUGUAGCUGUUGCAUUUGCAAGAGCAUGGAUAAUUUUGCGCCUGUCGAGAUCGAAGAAGAAGCGAUAUCAUCCGGUGAGAGGCACGGUGAUCCACUCCCUGAUUAACUUCGAUCGGUUGCACGACUUCAUCUCCGAUCUGGCUCAAGAGGACGCAACUUUCAGAAUCCUCUACCCGAACAACAGCGAUGUCUACACUUCAGAUCCUGCCAACGUCGAGUACAUCCUCAAGACCAAUUUCGACAACUACGGCAAGGGGCACUUGCACCAUGACUUGCUGAGAGAUCUUCUCGGGGAAGGAAUCUUCACAGUUGACGGCGAGAAAUGGCGACACCAGAGGAAGAUGUCGAGCUUCGAAUUCUCCACACGAAACCUGAAAGAAUUCAGCGGCGGCGUGUUCAAGCGCAACGCCGCCAAGCUCGCUCGAAUGGUGGCUGCAGCUGUUGCAUCGGAUGAGGCUGCCGAAAUUCAGGACAUGCUUAUGAAGUCUGCACUCGACUCUGUCUUUAAGGUCGUGCUCGGCGUCGACCUUGACAGCAUGGGUGGAACGAAUGCAGCCGGUGCGCGAUUCUCCGUCGCGUUCGACAGGGCGAGUGAAUUGACGUGCUAUCGAUACAUCGACGUGUUUUGGAGACUCAAAAGGGUUCUCAGCAUCGGAUCAGAGGCUGAGCUGCGUAGGCAAGUGAAAGUAGUCGAUGAGUUCGUGUACAAUGUCAUUCGAAGCAAGCUCGAACGGAUAAGAGAAUCGAAUGGAAGUGUAUCUGGGGUCGAUAAAGGGGACAUUUUGUCAAGAUUCUUGGAAAUGGACGAGACGGAUCCGAAGUACUUAAAGGACAUAAUCCUAAGCUUCAUAAUCGCGGGCAAGGACACGACGGCGAGCGCGCUUUCUUGGUUCUUCUACAUGAUGUGCAGACACCCGUCUUAUCAAGAACGGAUCGUGAGCGAAGUGCGGCGCUGUGUAAGAAUUGAAGCGAAUUCGAGCAUCGAUGAGAUAGCGGAGGGGAUCACCGAAGAAGCAUUGGGCGAAAUGCAGUUCCUACAUGCUGCUUUGAGCGAGACUCUCAGGCUAUACCCUGCAGUCCCUCAGGAUGGAAAGAUGUGCUUCUCCGACGACACGUUGCCGGAUGGAUUCAGCGUGAAGAAGGGGUACAUGGUAACCUACGUGCCUUACGCGAUGGGGAGGAUGAAGUCGUUGUGGGGCGAAGACGCAGAGGAGUUUCGACCCGAGAGGUGGAUCAAUGACAACGGCGUGUUCCAGCAAGAAAGCGCCUUCAAGUUCACAGCAUUUCAGGCCGGCCCGAGGAUCUGUCUAGGCAAAGAGUUCGCCUACCGGCAGAUGAAAGUCUUUGCAGCUGUGCUGCUGACCGCCUUCUCGUUCCAGCUGAACGACGAAACCAAACCUGUCAAGUAUCGAACUAUGCUAACUCUGCAGAUCGGCGGCGGCCUCCAUCUUCGCGCGAAUCCGAGGAUGUCCUGUCCUGAAGCUUGUUAA